AACGCCUUCUCCUUCUUUCUACACAUUCCAGAACUGCAUCACAAAGCCACAAUGCCACCCAAACCUCUCCUGAAACGCAAGCGCUCCUCCGCCGACUCAAGUCUGAGCCAGGAAGCCAAACGAAUACUCCGCCCACGCGCUGCCCCUCAGACGUUCACACCAAUCCAAACAGCACCUGUCGUAAAAGCACGCGUCAAGAAGACCAUCGCAAACCGAUCAGCUCCCCUUGUCAAAUCGAAAGCCUACAGUCCCGGAUCCAAUCUCCUGCUGCAGAAAGACAAGAUCAUCGAACAACUCCGACUCGACCUGGCCGAUGCUAAGAGCAAGCUCUCGAAAACACAAAAGAGAUUGGUGGAGGCAGAGAAGAAGAUCUCAAUGGGCAAGAUAAAUACUGUUUCAGCCGUGUCAGUCAAGCGCUGAAGCUUUGAGAGAUGUGGUGGAGACAUGAUCGCGAGGCGCAAUGCUGUCCCUAUGCAAAGCAACACGGCCACAGGUCCGCUCUCACAUAUUUGAGGUGCCCAAAGGACAUCGAGGAGCACUGCAAGAUCUCGCCUUCGGAGACGGUUGCAGCUAGCUGUUGACACGGCGAGUCCGACACCAAGAAGACGCACAAGUCGCAUAGAUGAGGCAGUCGCAAUGAGGACUAGCUGUCGGCCCCGAACAAGAAGGGAUGUUCAAGCAGCAGGUGCUGCAAUACGAGACACGAAUCUGCUACAGAGAUUGCAUGAGGAUGAGAGACUACAUGACGAAGUACUGCAUGGAGAAAUGGUCGGCAGAAAGCAUGGACAAGAUGAAGAUCAAUGAAUGCAUGACAGCGUUACACAGCAACAUGAUUAAUGAUAAAAUACAAAAUAUCAGAACCU